UUCUCUUCCGGUAUGACCGCUGUUUUUCUUUCGUAUUUGACGGUGUAGUAAAAAAAAAAAAAGAAGGUUUAUGAUGACAACUUUAAAAUAGCAGUAGUAGCCCAAAAAAAAUGUUUGCGCGCCGCCGGAAUGUCGAGUGUCAUCGCGGCGGCGGCGGAGCGGCAGCUUAGCGGCUAAAACCCGCGGACCGUCCGGCUAGCAUGAAGCGGAGCGGCCGCUGCUUUUGUUUACAUCCAGUCCGGAUGAUGACGAGCCCGGAGAGGCGUGAGAGCUAACGCCGCUACCAGGGCUGCUUCCCGGGGACGCCGUCCCCUGCAGGUCCCCUCCGACGCUCCGGAGAGGGCCGCUCAACCCGCCGACACCCGCGAGUGAUGGAGGUGUCCCCUCAGGAUCCAGCUGCCAUGGCGAUGGAUCUGUCUAAGAGCUUCAGCUCUCUGAGCCGCAGCCACGCCGAAGCGGUUGACCUGGCGAAGAAGCCGGAGUGGUACCACAGACGUCCGCCGAGCUGCACCGCAGACUCCGCCCCCCCUUACCGAUCCAGAGCCUCGUCCUCCUACAGCCUGCUGUCCACUCAGCCGGGGGGGGCGGUCCACUGCAGGGACAUGGAGCAGAGUCCCGAGGAUUUAAGGGGCUACAUGAACUCAACGUUGGCGCCGAGGCUGGAUCUUUACCACGACGGCGCUCGCGGUGACCUGUGGCACGCCGGUUUCUACGGAACCGACCGGAGCGGCGGCACGGCCCCCGAAAGCACCGGGGGGGAGGAGAGCGACAGCGGCUCUGACGUCAUCUUUCUGGUUUCGUCGCCGAAGGAGCGGCUGCUGUGCGGCUCUUUCAUCCAGGACGGCGUGCGGCACAUGGUGGAGCCGCUGUCGCCCGCCGCGUCCUCGCUGGACGAAGGGCGGGGCUGCUUCCUCCUCCCCCAGCACAUGAGCUCCCCCAGCGCCGACACCUCGUACUCGGAGGACUCGUCGGACAGCUCCGUCGACAUUCCCGUUCGCCACGCCAGGCCCACGGUCCUGCUGUCGGACUUCAGAGCCGCUUACGCGAACCGGGCCGAUUCUGCCGACGCCUCCAGCGACGACAGCGACGUCAUCGAAGUCUCUGUCACCAACGGCAACAGGGAGACGCCCGAGAGCUGCCAGAACACUCAGAACGGGGGGGUGGGGUCUCCUCAGGAGGGGGUGCACCAUCGCCUCAGGACGAGGAAAGUCACGUCAGAAAGCCCGCCGACCCGCGGCGCCGUUCUGCGGCGCAGCCUGAAGAGGCGGGUCAAGAACGUCGCCGUGGGGAUUUACAACGAGAGCUGUGACUCCGACAAGCUGAUGGAGUACGCGCUGAAGCUGUCCAGCUCCGAGGAGUCCGACCCGCCGGAGCUUCCGCCAAGUUCCGUCUGCGGCUCAGACGAGUCCGACCGGGCCGACGCCGAGACUCCUCAGAGGAAGCAGCGGCCCCCUGGAAACGCCUCGCGCUCAAAAAACAGAACGCCAAAAGCGCCGCUUAAGCAAAGAAACCUUCUAGAAAAAGACGAGCAGAGGCUGAAACAGAAGGUCCCGCCUCCACAGAACCACGACUUCUGUAAGAGGACCAAACCACCUUCAAGGAAAAAGAGGAAAAGGCGUUCGCUGAGCGGACCGCCGGCGCCGUUUCCCCUCGGAGAGCCUGAGAUCCAGCUGAAAUAUGCAAAGACAAAAGGGGAGAGGAAGCACCGGAGCUCCAGCUUCUGCCCCUUCGUCCACAUGGAGCCGCGGCGGUGCAGGGUGGUCAACUACGAGGAGGAGGAGGAGCCCCGGAGCAGCAGAGGAGCGCCGCCGCUCCCGGCCGCCGCGUCUUUGUCCGGCUUCCUUCCCAGCUCGUCCUGCUUCCAGCUGGGUCGGCACAGUUCUGCCGGCGGGUUCCAGGCGGCGCCGCUGUGCUGCCUGUGCGGGCAGACCGCCAACGCCAAUAACCUGGGGGACCUUCACGGGCCGUACUGUCCCGCCGGCCCGGCCAAAGACUGCGAGGAACACCAAGACGGGUGUGUGGACGGCGCCGCCGCUGAAGUUUCCCACCCCCCCACUGACGUGCCGCUGCCCCCGGAGGAGCGCUGGAUCCACGAGGACUGCGGCAUCUGGAGCGCCGGCGUCUUCCUGGUGAGAGGGAAGCUGUACGGGUUGGAGGAGGCGGCCCGACUGGCGCGGGAAACGGUUUGUUCCGCCUGUCAGAAAACCGGUGCAGUGGUGGGAUGUUUCCAAAAGGGCUGCUCCAGGAGUUACCAUUACCCCUGCGCCCUGCAGUCAGGCUGCUUCCUCAACGAGGAGAACUUCUCCAUGCGAUGUCCGGGACACAAGAAUAAAACGCUAACAGCUGCAAACAGGAAACGCAGAAGAUGACACGGAAAGCAGAGAAAACUCCUCAGAUCUUCUCAGGGUUCGGCCGGAGCUCCGGGACUCCGCCUCCAUUGAGACGUCCGGCGGAGCGAGCGCACGGCGAGCGGCUCCCACAUCGACCACUUUGAGUUUAGACGGGAACGCCCCCUGACAAAUACAAAUGCUCAGAAUUGACUUUAUUUUAGAAAAGUAAAGCAGAAUUGAAUUAGUAUGUAUGAUAAAAAAGACUCAAAGUGACAUUUUUGUACAAUUUUCUCUGUGUUUCCUUGGUUGUCAUCUGGUUUCCUGGUGCUGCAUGCACACUUCCUGUUUCCAACGAUGCACUUUACAGUUGAACUUUAUAAGACUCUUAUUUAUGUCUGUCUGUCAUUUUCCAUUGUUAUUAGUUUGUUUAGCAUGAAGCUGCACUAAAGUACACGCAGAUUUCUGCUCCUUCCUCACAUUCAAGCCCAGCCUUGUUCUGGACGGGAGUUUGAUCCGGAUUGGGGGGGGGUUAGAAACUGGAAGGUCAGUUACCACAUUACAGAGCAUUCAUCUCCCUAAAAAUGAUGCAUUCUUUUUGAAAGAAUCAGUUUUAAAGGAGAGUCCUUCCGCUAGUCUGACCUCAGAUCCAGGGUUUGGACUUCGCUCCUCCAGUCCAUGGAUGUUUUAUGGAUUUGGAGGUGGCGUUCAAUGGCGUCCCGGUGGUGUCCUGUAGAAGGUGUCCUGGGAGUACUGGGUCUGAGGAGCCUUACUGAGGGCUCUCCGGUCGCUGUAUGACCAGAUCAGGAGCUUGGUUCACAUAACUGGCAGUAAGUCGGACCUGUUCCAGGUGCAUGUUGGACUGAUUCGGUUUGUAAUUUUUAUGGACAAAAUUUCUAGGCGCAGUCAGGGGCCGGAGGGGGUCUGGUCUGGGGGCCACAGGAUUUGCUCUCUGCUCUUUGUAGAUGAUAUUGUCCUGUUGGCUUCAUCGAGCCAGGACCUCCAGCGUGCAUUGGGGCGGUUUGCGGCUAAAUCUGAGGCCAUGGUUCUUGACCGGAGAAAGGUAGUUUGUGUCUUGGGGUCCUGUUCACGAGUGAGGGAAGACCGGAACGUGAGAUUGGCAGGUGGAUCGGAGCAGUAUCCGUACUUAUGCGGUCGCUGUACUGGUCCAUUGUGGUGAAGAGAUAGAGCUGAGCCAGAAAGCAAAGCUGUCAAUUUACCGGUCGAUCUUCGUUCCGAUACUCACCUAUGACUCACCAAAGAACGAGGUCCUGAAUACAAGCGGCUGAAAUGAGCUUCGUCCUUAGGGUGGCUGGGCGCUUCCUUAGAGAUGGGGUGAAAGUCUGGGAAUCUUUGCUUAGACAGCUGCCCCCCGCCACCCGGUCCUGGAUGAGCAGAAACAAAUGGAUGGAUUUCAAAUUAGGUUCUUUAUCCUCCUGAGAAACUGCACAUAUGGGAAUGGAACAUAGACUGACCUCUAGAAAGGCGUUUCCACUUUGGCUUAAGUCUCGCUCUUUGCAGAUGAUGUUUUGCUCUCAUUAACAGAGGAUCAGUCAUUGAUGAAGGACAACCUCAUCUCCACAUGUCCUCCAAACCUGCUCCUGUUAAUUGUCUAGAUUUAUUCUGUUUUUUUGUGGCCCCAAAGGUGAUGAAAUCUAGAAGUUUUAUGUUCAGGCUGGAUUCAGGUUCUUGAUUUGAGCCACAGUGAAACAGUUUUCUCUGUAGUUUUGAUUGUGUUUGGGUGAACUGAUCCUUCGAGAUGUUUUGUCCUUAUUGAACCUGUGUUUCGGUGGAUCAACUCGGUUGUUAAAAGUGCUACAAGCUAAUUUAUUGAUCUUUUUCUGAGUUUGACUCUUUCUGUAAUUUAAAGACGAAAAAUUUAUUUAAUAAAAUCCUGUCCAAGUGAAA